AAACAAUGCUUGGCUAUUUUUUCAGAGCAGCAAGAAACAUGAUUUGUGCACUGAACAGGAUGAAAGCUAUUUUGAUGUUUGUGAUUCCAGUUUUAUGUUUACAAUUGUUUAAUGUAUUCUAUCUGAAUAAUAUCAAAAUAAGAGAUUCUGGAAUGCUCGUCAGUCAAAGCUUGGAAUCCAAGAUUGUAGAACACAGGUUUAAUAAAACAGUUUAUCAAGAAUUACUCACAUCAGACGGGAACUUUCUUCUAUACAAGGCCUUUCUAGAUCUCAGAGAAGAACCAACAGUUCGAAUAUUUGGCUUUUUCAACCAACAUCCACCAAGGAUUGCGACCUAUUGCCAGCUACACUACAGCAAACUGACUGAGAUUGUUGUUAGAAAGGUUAAAUAUGUACGGAUCGAUGUUUUUAAAUUUGGAAAAAUUAAAGACAAAAAACGGCGAAGUACAAUUUACCAACCCUAUAUGCUUUCUUGCAUCCUGCCAAAGCUAAAGUCUGAGUUCCCAACUGCAGUUUCCCUGGUGGAGGAAAGAAGAACUAAACAACCAACAAAUAGAUUAAAUAUUGUUUACAAAAAGCAUGAGGGUUCAAAGGAUAUGUUUGCAGUUUGCUUCAGAGCAAUGUCAUUCACAGAGGACAUUUCAUUCAGACUAGUUGAAUGGCUGGAACUGUUGAGGAUUCUAGGAGCGACUAAAGUUUUUAUUUAUGAAACAGAUUUGCAUCCGAAUACUCACAAGACUUUAAAGUUCUAUGAAAAGUCUGGUUUUGUCAAACUCAAUUAUUUCUCCUUUCCAGUGCACAAACCGAAUGAAACAGAUCAUCUUGGACUUGAGAACAAUGUUCUUCAAUCCGAACUGAUGCCCCACCAGGACUGCUUGUAUUCAAAUAUGUACAGAUUUGACUAUUUUGCUGUAAUGGAUAUAGAUGAAGUUAUUGUUCCAACACAAAACAGAACUUGGAUGGAUAUUUUAGAAGAACUUCAAAGAAGAAAUGUGUCCCUAAACAAAGCCAGUUUGACAUUCCGAAAUGGGUAUUUUCUACAGCAAUACAAGGAUGCCAACAGUCAGGGACCUUUCACCGACAUUCCACUGCACAACAACAUGCUGCAACAAGUUUACAGAUCUCUAGAACAUCAUCCUCCUAAUUUUGCCAGCAAAUCAUUUCAGAAUACACGCCAGACCCUGAUAUCUGCCAACCAUUAUUCCUUGAUAUGCCUGAAAAGUUCGAAAUGUGCUCAGUAUUCAGUUGAUCUUAGCAUCGGACAACUAAACCACUACAGAAUGUCGUGUCCUGUACAAUACCACACAAAGUUCUGUCUGAAGACGACCCCUACAGUAAAGGAUACAACCCUCUGGAGAUGGAAGACAGAAUUGAUUGAAAGCACAAACAAAUCUCUUCUUCAACUCGGACUCAUUAAUUAACUGACAAGGUCAAACUCGUUUGAUACAAUUCUGGCGCGACUUUAUGACUUCGUAGCCCCUCUAGAACAACUAUGAACAAAGAAAAUGUAUUUGUUAAUUUAUUCGAAACAUUUAAUCUCAAUAGAUUUCAUUCUCACACGUGUAAUUCUUCUUUAGUUUGACAUGAGGUUUCCAAGCGCAAAUGCUUUUUUACAAUUUUAGGCAAAUUUAGCAAAUGAAAUUUAGUUGCCUUUACUUAAAACAAGAAAUCCGUUUUACUAUUAAUUUUCAAAAAAACUAUCCAUUUAAAAAUUCAAAAUUAUUAUAUAUUGCUUGUACAUGGAGGGAGGAAACCCCUGGGCGCGAUGAGCUUCCGUAAUGCAGAAACGAGCCUGCCUGAUUUGCUAGGCAGACUGAGCCUCCUCCAAUAAGUAAGAGCCUCCGCUAUGCAGUAAACGAGCCUCCGCUAUACACAUUUGACUCUUCCGGGCAAAACUACCUUCUUAAA